UUUUUCCCCACAAUUAAUAAUCAUAACAAACUUCAUGAUAAUUCACUGACAUUUCAGGAUUUAUUUGUACAAUAGAACCGGGCAGGAAAUAAAUGACGUGGGAAAUAUCUAAACGACGUUAUGAAGUAAAGAAUGCGGGUUUGUAUCGAACGCAAACACCACUGCGCGCGUCGCCUUCAACCGAUAUCCGCAACGAAAGCGUAUCUGUUGUGACUGGCAGUUCCGCGCCGUUACUGCAGCCAAUAGCGCUUCAGCAUAUUGAGCCGAUUGUCCAAUCAGCGCCACCCUUUGAACACCCGUUUUCUUCCCCCUCUGGACCGGGUGAUAAACACUGUCACCAAAGGCGAUUGUAAACUUGUAGCAAAAGCGUUGUUUUAGUUGUUUCUGUUACGUUUUACAUUUUUUUUUUUUACCUCCGUCUUCUGCCUCACUAGUAGCUAGCAAUACGACGGUCUCUGUGGAAGUUUCUGGUGAAUGGGCUCGCACUGACUGGGCACCGCCGCGCCAGGUACCAGGAAGGAUGACUGGGAAGCACGGUGAGAGUGGCACUUCCACGAAGACCCACAAAACCAUUCACCUGUUCCGCAAGGGGCUGCGUCUCCAUGACAACCCCUCCUUGGUGUGGGCACUGGAGUCUUCAAGAGUAGUGUACCCCGUUUAUGUGCUAGAUCGCAUCUUCCUGGAGGGGGCUCUGCGCACAGGAGCCCUGCGCUGGCGCUUCCUUUUGCAGAGCUUGGAGGACCUGCACAUUCAGCUGGCUGUGCUUGGCUCGCGGCUGUACGUGGUGCAAGGCCGGUUCGAGGCCGUGCUUCGCCACCUGAUUGCCAAGUGGGGCAUCACUCAGCUCACCUUUGACGUGGAGGUGGAGCCCUUCUACGCUCGGCUGGAUGAGGACCUGGGGGCCAUGGGCAAGGAGCUUGGGCUGAGCAUACACACUUGUGUGGCUCAUACCCUGUACAACGUUAGUAGGAUAGUGGAAGUGAAUGGUGGACAUCCCCCACUGACCUACAAGAAGUUCCUCCAAGUCCUGUCCACCAUGGGGGAGCCUGACCGGCCGGCAAGGGAAAUCACAGCACAAGACUUCCUGAAUUGCCCAACACCUGUUGAUGCCAGUGAGGAGUUUCGGGUGCCAAGCCUAGAGGAUUUUGGAAUAGUAGUGGAGUCAGAGGUCCUGUGGCCAGGUGGUGAAAGUCAUGCCUUGAAGAGGCUUGAGAAGCACUUUGAGAGCCAGGGCUGGGUGGCCAACUUCUCUAAACCACGGACGAUACCAAACUCCCUUCUGCCGAGCACCACGGGCCUCAGUCCGUACCUCAGCCUGGGCUGCCUAUCUGUGCGAACCUUCUACCACAGACUGUCCAACAUCUAUGCACAAUCGAAGAACCACUCGCUGCCUCCAGUGUCACUUCAGGGUCAGGUGCUGUGGCGUGAGUUCUUCUGCACCGUAGCCUCUGCUACGCCCAACUUCACCUGCAUGGCGGGAAACCCCAUCUGCUUGCAGAUUGGUUGGUAUGAGGAUACGGAGGCCCUCAAAAAGUGGCGGACGGCACAGACAGGUUUCCCCUGGAUUGAUGCCAUCAUGACCCAGCUCCAGCAGGAGGGCUGGAUCCACCACCUGGCCCGGCAUGCUGUGGCCUGCUUCCUUACUCGAGGGGACUUAUGGAUCAGCUGGGAAGAGGGCAUGAAGGUGUUUGAAGAGUAUUUGCUGGAUGCUGACUACAGUGUCAACGCCGGCAACUGGAUGUGGCUGUCAGCCAGUGCCUUCUUUCACCAGUACACACGCAUCUUCUGCCCAGUGCGUUUUGGUCGCCGCACUGACCCUGAUGGCCAGUACAUUAGGAGAUACCUGAAGGUGCUCCAGAACUUCCCCUCCAGGUACAUCUAUGAGCCUUGGACUGCACCCCUGGAGGUGCAGGUAGAGGCUGGCUGUGUCAUUGGGAGGGACUACCCCUUGCCCAUGGUCAGCCACUCCGAGGUGAGCCAGAAGAACCUGGCGCUCAUGGCACAGGUGCGGCGCGAGCAGGCCAGCACCGCCCAGCUCACCCGAGAUGUGACAGAUGACCCUGUGGAAAUGGGGAUGAAACGGGAGCACGUGGAGGACCAGGGCUUCCGUGAUGGCAUAUCUGAACAACCUGAGAGGCCCUGCAAGCGGCUUAGCCCUGAGGGUGACUGCCCAGUCACACCCUGCAGCUGGAGCCACGAUGGUCUAUCCCUUCCCAAGCUCAGUGGGGAGGUCAUGUGACCUGCCUGCCUCUUCCGGUCUUCCACACCUGGGUUAUUACAAGAGAAUGCGAGCCUCAUCUGUUAGUGUGUCUACAACCUUUUUCCCCCUCCAGAAGGAAUUGUAAACCUGAAUUCUAGCUUCCAAACUGUGUACCAGCUGAAUGAAUGAGUAGCAGUCGGCUUUCAGACAGCCUGGUGCUUAACGGACUGUGAUAGCAAAUACCUCGUACCACCAUAUGCUUCCAAAUAUUCAGUGGUUGGCACUGGUCUCUUCUACUGACCGCUUCCAGCCUAGUUCUAUUCACAUUGCAAAUGGAGCAACAAGUUCAUAAAUGUGGCAGACAUCAUACACGGUCUCGGAUCGUAGUUUUCUAGGUCAGCACUAACAUUCAUCUGUUAACAGAGUGCAUUAAAACAGGGUAUAUUGAAGUUUUUUUUUUUUUUUUUAGUUUUAAUGGGAAGCUUUUGCAGCAACUUAAAGCUUCAUAUUUAAGUAAUAAUGGAGCAACAUGUAAUUAAGUGAUUCAGUAGGAAAUCUUAUCUGGUUCUAGAGCACCAUUUUUAGGUCAAAAUCUACACCCGCUUCUGUUGUGGGACCCACCCCAAAAGAUGUUUGGGUUGUAGAGUUUUCUCAACUGUUGUAGUCUAGUCAUUGGAGAUAUGAUGGAAAAAUAUAUGCAUUUCUGGGAGGGCCUCUUGUUUUUGGCCUGUAAUGGUUUUAUAGGAUCUGGUUUUAACUCUUUGAGACUACAGCUGGAGCAAUGGUUCACCUUGACUGGGGUUACAUUACACUAAUUCAUUUAGCUGAUACUUUUUUCCAAAUUGACUUACAGUGGUGAGCUGUCUACAAUUAU